AUGGCUAGUUACUUACUACAAUCCAAAGCAGAUAACACUGUAAAUAAAUAUUUCAAUUCGUUUACACAAUUUGAAAAAUUCUGCCACAAAAAUAAACUCGUUUCCAAACCGGCACAUCCCUUCACGGUUGGGCUUUAUUUCACCAGUUUAAUGGACGAAGGAAAAUCUAAUCACGUUGUGACAUCAGCUUUUUACAGUAUUAAAUGGGUACAUAACAUUAAUGAUAUGGAGGAUCCGACAGAAAGUCCUGUUGUGAAACAAUUACUAGAAGCAGCCAAGCGUACACACUCCAAACCAGUAUGUAAAAAGGACGUUGUAUCUACUCAUGAACUGCAUUCUUUGUGUUCCAUGUUCAUUGACAGUGAUGAUAUAUGUAUUUUAAGGGACUUGUCUAUGAUUAUGAUUACGUACGCAGGUUUUAUGCGAAUUAGUGAGGUAUUGAACUUAAAAUGUAAAGAUGUGCGUUUCAAUGAAGAUUACGUGACAAUAUAUGUAUCGAAGAGCAAAACUGAUAUUUAUCGUAAUGGUUCAGAUAUAGUUAUUUCAAAGGGCAGCACUUCGGCGUGCCCAUAUGUCUUGUUACAGAAAUAUAUGAACGCCGCAAAUUUGAAUGAUAAGCCUGACGAAUUUUUAUUUAAACCAGCUUUAAGGUCGAAAAAUGUUGUAUCUCUUGUAAAGGUUAACAAGCCUCUUAGUUAUACUAGAGCUAAGGAAUGUAUUGUAAGUAAAUUAAAAUUAGUUGCACCAAAUAGAAAUCUUGGUACGCAUUCUCUCAGAGCCAGUGGUAUCACUGAAGCAGCUAAAAGUUCUGAUAUCUCUGAAAGAUGUCUAAAGAGACAUGGGAGGUGGAAGUCUGACAUUGCCAAAGAUGGUUAUGUUAAGGAUUCAAUUGAGAAAAGGCUCGCGGUUUCAAAAAAGCUCGAUUUAUAA